AUGCAUCGCAACUCGUACGACUCGGACAAUACCACACUCAGUCCAGCAGGACGACUGCACCAGGUCAGUUGGAACAAUACCGGACGAAUGGGCCAGCUCAGUUGAUGACGAGCGCCUAAGCUCAAGGUGGAGUGGAGCUGACGACGUCCUACUGUUUCCCCUGUACUACCCAUGCCACAACCUCCUACUAACCAGGUCGAAUACGCACUUGAAGCUGUCAAGCAAGGGUCGGCUUCUGUCGGACUCAGAUCCAAGACGCACGUCAUCCUGUUGGCGCUCAAAGUAAGCACCGCGGCGAGAUCGACGCGUCAGCGCGCCCCCGUCAGAUUGAGCUCGAUCGCCCUAUCCCUCCCUCGACAUACAGCUGACAUGGUGUGUUCAUUCUAUACCCACUCCAGCGCUCCACGGGGGAGCUCGCCUCGUAUCAGAAGAAGCUGAUCCGCAUCGACGACCACAUCGGUGUCGCCAUCGCCGGCCUCACCUCGGAUGCGAGGGUAUUGUCGUGAGUACGCCACCUGCUUACUACAACGAAACACAAUCUGACGCCCACUGUUGACUCCCAAAGGAACUUUAUGAGGACGCAAGCCAUGUCGUCGAGGAUGCUCUACAACCGACCGAUGCCCGUCAACCGAAUCGUCAAUGCGAUCGCCGACAGUAAGUCUAGUAUUCCAUCACUGUCGAAUACUACUGUAGAAAGGAUGAAAACUAAAGUUCUGGAGCCUUUGAUUUGCACAGAGGCACAAGUCAACACGCAACACUACGGCAAGCGGCCUUACGGUGUCGGCUUCCUCGUGGCAGGCUACGACGUGAGUUGACCCCGCGACAAGACCAUAGAGUGUGGUUGACUAGGCCUGACAUCCCGUGUAUUCUCCCAAUAGUCUACCGGGCCUCAUUUGUACGAGUUCUCGCCCACGGGCAACUGCUUCGAGUAUUUUGCCAUGUCAAUCGGUGCCCGCAGUCAAUCCGCAAAAACUUACCUCGAAGCUCAUCACGACGAGUUCCCGGAUUGUGAGUUUAUUUCCUUUCCAACCGUUUCCCAAAUGCCAGUGCUUACCAAGUAACGUGACGGUCUGGUUCGCUUCCUCUCGAGCAGGCGACCUCCCGACUCUGAUCAAGCACGGCCUCCAUGCAUUGCGCGACACGCUCCAACAGGACAAGGAGCUCACCCCACUCAACACUUCGAUCGGUAUCGUUGGCCUGUCUUCUUCCUCCUCCACAACAACAGAGUCCCACGUCGCUCCCGUCGCUCCCAUCGGUUCGGAAUCGGAGACGACUUCGGUGCCGAAAGGGUUCCAAGAGUUCCGCAUCAUCGAGGGAGACGAUCUCAAACCCUACUUGGAGAGCAUGGACCCGAAGGAGUCGCUCGAUGCGGACACUCUGCCUUCAUCGUCUGCAACGGCGACUGCGACGGCUGCAACCGGGCCAGCUUCGAGUGAAGGACCGACGACGGCAACCGGAACUGAAGCCGCGGCAGGUGGCGAAGCGAUGGAGACGGAUUGA